CUCUAAUUCCCUGUACAGUUUCUUUCUUCUCCUCCAUCCUUUCUCUUACAUCCUGCAUAGGUUUUUUUGAGAUGGGAAACCAAAAUCUGUCGUUCGUUCAUGGGUUGGAUCUUCUUAACCCAGCAUGUUUUGGUGCCUUAAAACUCCUUUAUGGCGACGACUUUGACAGCUUGGUCAAUGGCUCCGUUUGCGCUGCUUUCCGGGGUUAGUUGGAUCCAAUGUUGUAUUUGCUCAGAUUUGAGGUUGAACAGUUUGGGGUUGAUGGGUUCCUUAUGGUUUUCUAAUCUAUGGUGAUUUCCUUAGUUUUAUUGCCUGGGUUCUUUUGUGUUCAUUUUGGUCUCUUAGUUUGCCUUUUUAGUUUUUUUUUUUUUUUUUGAACAGAUGGACAACUGAAAUUUUGGUGUAGUAGAUUUGGGGCGAUUAAGACUAUAAAAAAAUGUUUACACUAAUUAUGCAUGAUAAGGGAAAUUAGAGACUUUUGGUUUUGAUUUGUCGAUUCAAUGUUUAAACUCAUAUUUUUACUUCAUUCGGAUUGACCCAGAACUGAUCUUACAUCAUGCUCUUUGAUUGUGUUCAUGACUACUUUCCUUGAGUUUAGUUUGAGAUUUUAUAUUAGAUGAUUAAUGUAUGAACCAGAUGUCUUCAUUGUGAACAUCUUGAAUGAACAGAUUUCUCCAUA